GAAAACCCUAGUCUAGACAUAACAUUCAGUCGCCCACUCACUCUCAUCUCUCCCUAUUUCACUCUUUGCGGCGCCACCCCAAGGCUGUGCCCUUGUUCCUCCGCCUCCGGCGCUGCCGCGGCAACGGUGCUAGCAGCAGCCCUCGUCCCAGUCGUGCGCUGCUCAUCCCUUGCUACAGCUCCCCUGCUCCUCCGCUGCUAUAGCUGCGUCCAGCAAGAUAGUAGGCGUUUAGGCGGCACAGCCCAGGCCUGGUUCCUCCUCGAUCGUCGCCGGCGUCCAGCAAAGCAAUACGUUCAAGGUGGCUCAGAGUAGUAUGUUAAAAUCCAAAUAAGAAUUUUUUAUUCUUGUAUAGCCCACGCCUUCCCUUACUGAUAUAGAAAUAAUAGAAUCUUAAAAUCCAAAUAAGAUGUUGGACAUCAAUCUAUUUCGUGAGGAGAAGGGCGGCAACCCUGAGAAACUCAGGGAGUCUCAGCGCCGUCGUUUCACCGACGUUCAUAUUGUUGAUGAGGUGAUUGAGCUCGACAGGGCUUGGAGGCAGCGCCAAUUUGAGCUGGAUGGUUUGAGGACCUCCAGGAACAAGAUAAGCAAAGAGAUUUCUCGCCUAAAAAUUGCUGGAGAAGAUACAAAAGGUUUGGUUGAAAGUACAGAUAAAAACAAAGAACUGACUGUACAAAAGGAGGCCGAGGUGCAGGAGGCUCUAAAAGCAUUGCAAUCUAGAUUAGGAAACAUUGGAAACCUAGUGCAUGAUUCUGUCCCCGUUGACAAUAAUGAGGAUAACAAUGCCGUUAUAAGGUCUUGGGGAGAGAAGAGGAUGGAGCCAAAACUGAAGAAUCAUGUGGAGCUUGUUGAGCUUCUAGGAAUUGCGGAUUUGAAGAAAGGUGCAAAUGUUGCGGGAGGUAGAGGUUUCUAUCUGAAAGGGGAUGGAGUACUGCUUAAUCAAGCUCUAAUCAACUUUGGUCUUCAUUUUUUGAGGAAGAGGGGAUUUAUGCCGUUGCAGACUCCUUUCUUCAUGCGGAAAGAUAUUAUGGCUAAGUGUGCCCAGUUGGCUCAAUUUGAUGAGGAGCUUUACAAGGUAACUGGAGAAGGGGACGACAAAUAUCUGAUAGCUACUGCUGAACAGCCGCUUUGCGCUUAUCAUCUAGACGAUUGGAUUCAUCCUACCGAACUGCCUUUGAGAUAUGCAGGAUAUUCUUCCUGCUUUAGGAAAGAAGCUGGUUCGCAUGGUCGAGAUACUCUGGGAAUUUUCCGUGUUCACCAGUUUGAAAAGGUUGAACAGUUCUGUAUGACUAGUCCAAACGCAAAUGAUUCAUGGGAAAUGCAUGAAGAAAUGCUAAAAAAUUCAGAGGAUUUUUACCAGCUGCUAAAUAUUCCCUAUCAAGUUGUAUCUAUCGUCUCUGGUGCUCUGAAUGAUGCUGCUGCAAAGAAGUAUGACUUGGAAGGGUGGUUUCCAGCAUCAAAGACUUAUAGAGAACUUGUUUCCUGUUCAAAUUGCACCGACUAUCAGUCAAGAAGAUUAGAAAUACGAUAUGGACAAAAAAAGAGUAACGACAAGACUAAAGAGUAUGUCCACAUGUUAAACUCCACCCUGACAGCAACGGAGAGGACCAUGUGUGCCAUCCUUGAGAACAACCAAAAGGAAGAUGGGGUCGAGAUACCAGAGGUUCUUCGACCAUUCAUGGACAAUAUAUCUUUCAUUCCGUUUAAAGCCCCCCCUAGCAAAGACUCCAAAGGAAAAAAGAGCAAGGAAUAACAAGGAUUCUUGUCUCCCACUAUUGUGGAAUCUUUUUUUAUUUUAUGCUCAUCGAUGCAUUCAUCCCAACUUCCCCCGUUUACCUACGUUUUUGCUUUUGCCUGCAACUUCCACACAUUCUUAGUUACAUUUAAUGCAAACUAGCUAUGCUUUUGAUGGACUGAAACUGUACUAUACUUUAGUUUCUAUCUUUCGCUCAUCAUUGAUGUUUCUUUUUUGUUGCAAAUCAACGUUUGUAACCUCCAUUUGAUCGAAUUGAUACAAUACAAAGUGUUCUAUUUUUA